AAAGGAGGGAGUGAGGACGCAGGACCGCUCCGCGCUUUCCUUCGGAGCUCUUUGCCGCCUUUGCCGCAGCUCUGGGCUGCGAGGGGGAGAGGGCGAUAAGGAGAGCCCGGGCUCCAUCCCAGGGGAGCGGCUCCCCCCGUUCCCCCCGCGCUGCCGCCGGGAGAGCGGGGCGGGAGCGGGGCCGGGCCCGCCCCUCCUCUCUGGCAGCGCCUCGGGCGCGGAGCCCGCCCGGCCCCGGGAGCGGAGCCGCUCCUGCCGCGGGGCCAUGGCCCUGCUCCCGCGGCGCUUCCUCUGCUUCGUGCUGGCCCAGCACUUCAUCGCGGCCACGGCGUGCCAGGAGGCCGACUACGGCUGGAUGAUCCGGCACUACUGCCUCAAGCAGUUCCAGCUCAGCAUGGAGGGCAUCGGCCAGCGCCUCUGGUGUGACUGGGACGAGACCGUGGGCACUUACGGGGAGCUGACGAACUGCACGGCUCUGAUCGCCGAGAGGCUCGACUGCUACUGGCCCAACCGGCUGGUGGACGAAUUCUUCGUGGCCGUGCACAAACAAUACUUCAGGAACUGCUCCCCGUCGGGCCGGGCGCUGCACGACCCCCCGAACGGUGUCCUGUGUCCCUUCAUCGUGCUGCCCGUCCUGGUCACCCUGCUGAUGACAGCGCUCGUGGUGUGGAGGAGCAAACGCAGCGAGGGCAUCGUGUAGGGCCGGGGCGGGCGGCUCUGCCCCGGAACGCGCCGGGAGUUUGGGAAGAGCCUGCCAGAGGAGCAGCACGGAGGGUACCGAGCUUCGGAGGCAGGGACAGCAUCGCCGCCGCUCCUCCUCCGCGGCUGUGCCCCGUGGUUUCCAAAUAAAUGGCAUUUAAGCGAUGGUUGUCGGGCAGAACGGGCUGCCCGGGCAGCUCCGCUGGGCUUCGGGGAGCGCCGCUCAGCCCGCACCGGCGCUGCCGAGCCCUGCUCCGCCUCUGCCAGCCGCUUCCCCCCGGGAUCCCCUGCCAAGCAGGAAAAUUUGCAAGAUAAAAAACAAAACAAACCCGAGGGGGUGUGGGGAGUUGAAAUCCUGCCGGGCCUGCAGUGGCAGUGCGGCAUCAACACACGUGCGAGUCUGGGUGCGCCUGAACAUCCUCGGCUUCCUCUCUGUCCGAGAAAGGAUUACAACAUCCUCGGGUUCCCCCACACGAGGAAAGGCAUCUUCUCCCCCAGCCCCCUGCACAAGGCCGGGGUUUGCACGGGCUGGGCUUUGCCUGGGAGCCGGGGAACUACGGGGGGAGGUCGGCGGUGGGAGCGGGUGGGGCCCUGGGGCUAA